AAUCAAUUCAAAGUCAAAAAGUGUUUGAAUAAGUAAUCAUUGAAUUGUAUCGUACUGUCAAAUUCAGAUCGUGUCAAAGUGCGUGCAACUAAUACAACUUUACGACGGAUUAUUCAGCUUUUAAAUCGGAAGGCGUCCACGAUAACACGACGGCAGUGAUAGGGUGGCGCCAUGGCAGCUGCCGGCACUUAUUUUUAUUUUGGCGGCGACAAAAAGACCUUGGAUGUUGAGAUACGUAAACAAUUCCCGAACUUGCGCGAAGUUGGCAGAGUUUUCCAGUGCUAUUAGGAGUUUGGUACAAUGUUUCGCAUUUCAAGAUAGUAAGAGCAUUUGACCGUUGGAAGUCGUCGGCCAAAGUUCUCAUUUCUUUAACGUUCUUCCAUUUCUUGAAUUUUAAACUUUCUACGUUUGUAAAUUUAAAAAAAGAAAAGAAAAUAAAACAAGGACCAAAUGUAUCAGUGAGACUGUCAAUGAGCCGGUGAACCGUCAACGCAGCCCGAUCCGACCGGAUGCGGACCCAAACCGCACCGCAAUUUUUUUAAAGUUCGCGCCAGGAAACGGGGCGGGUUUUAAUUUUGUUGUUCGAUAAAAAAAACAUCGGAUAUUUGGCGGGACGGAACGGAAUUGGUACAAAACCGCGCCGCUGCCAGCCUUGUGUAUCAGUGAUAAUCAAUUCAAACUCAACAAGUGUUUAAAUAGACGAUCAGUGAAUUCCUAUCCUAUUGUCGCGUUCAGAUCGUGCCAAAGUGCGUGCGUGAGUGGUAACCGUGAAAAUGCCUAAAAGACAAAACGAAGCAGACGGUGACGAUGAGCCAACCGGAUGUGCAAGUAAGAAAGUCCGCAUUACUCCGGGAGCGGGAACCAAUUCAACGACCGAGAACCCACCGGCGUCCUGUGGAUUGAAAAACACCUUGCACGGUAAUGUGUUUCAACUGAAACUGUUGAUGCUUUUCUUGCUUCGGGGGAUUGGUUCCGGUUUCCAGUUUCGCUUGGGAACGGAAAUCCCAGGAAUGGGCGGCAAAUUCGACGAUCUGAUUUUCAAGUUCAAGAAAAGCGACCAAACAGAGAGCUAUCGAUUCUUGCAGGCCAAACACAAACAGGAUGAAGAAAAGAAAAUCACGGCGGCUGAUCUGCUCAACGACAACGAGAAAGAUUUUAGUCUGCCGAAAUAUUUCCGUUCGUACUACCGUGAAGUAAUAAAACAAGCUGAAGGAAUUCUCCCGGAGACUAUUCAGGAUUGCAUCAUCUGCACCAACAUUGGCUUUGACAGUGAGGAGAAUCUGAAUAAGAGCGGGAUCGAGCUGAUACCUCUGGACGAUCGCGAUAACAUUUUAUCUUUCGAUAAAAAAACAAUACGUCUGGACGACCACGAUAAAAUUUUAACCCUCGACAAAGUGCCAAGCAACAAGAAAUCCCCGACUCGAUACAAGUUGAGGAACACAGACCAAUUGAGAAGAAUAAUGACAGGGUGGUCAGACAUCCAUCUGUUGGCCAAGACGAUGCUCGACUACGUCACCAGUAAAAAACAAUUAAACCUUAAGUCAACCUUAUUGAAAAUUUAUCACGUUGCUUUGAUUCACGAGAAAGUGAUUGACAAAAUAGGAGGUAAACUUUGCACAACCUUUUUGGAAGGAGAUAAUAGUCGCUUCCGUGAAAUACUUUCCGAGUUAACAUUCGUUCAUUACUGUGAGAAAUUCAAAUUGAAAAAGAGUGAAGUAAAUAGCAGCAAGAAAUUAACCUACUCUGACGAAAAAUCACUAAACAAACAAUUGCCCAAAUAUCCUCAAAAUAAAACCCAAUCAGUGGAGUUGGAUUUUGGUAAAUUUGAGGAAGUUUAUGAUGAUUUAAUUGCUAAGAAUAUCUUUGAUGAGGAAGGGCGAACGUCGAAAAAUCUCACUCCGGAAGGGCUGGAACUUCGAGGGAAACAACGCAACGCUGUUUUUAUUCACCACUGGAAGGACUUGACUAUUCAGCUGAGCGAAUCAUUUGGUGGAAAAAUAAUCAGCAGAACAGCAUUAGGUGAGAAUAAAUCGCUCAAUGACUUGGUUGGUGAUAAGGAAAUUGCCGAUUUCUUGGACAAGCUCGUCUUUGCCGUUAACACCCCCAGCGAAGUGGAACUGGAUGACAUAUUGAAAAAAGAGUUAGACGAUCGUUACAGUCUGCACGAAAGUGACUUUCAGUCGGAUUUUAUCUUGAGAAAUAUGUUGGACUGGUUCAAGGAGAAAGACUCGAAAUUCAUGUCAUCGGAAGAAGGAAAAAAUAUUUUUAAAGAAGGUCAAAAGAAGUUGAAGUCAUUGCGUGUAACGGCCAUUUCGAUCGACUACCAAAAUCAGCUGAAGGAAGUGCUGGAAUUCAAUGAUAAGGCAGUUGAGGAGAUGAAAGAUAAAAUUAGUAAGAUGUUGAUAUCACCAGAUAGAAUCGGGCGUAUUGCUACUUCAUUGCCAGAACGCACGGCCGUUAAAGUCAUUGCGGCGCUGGAAAAGCUCAGACUAGAAGAACCGAUCACUAACCAUGAAAACAUAUUACAAAAAUAUUUCCAGUAUAAGGAUAGCUACUUAAUGACGUCAUUAUGUCGUCUGAAAGAUAAAUAUUCCAAAUUGAAAAAGACACUCAAGUCGGAACAUUCUCAUCAUCUUCUUGUUGUCGUUUGUGAGGACGGAAUUUCGACCGAAAAUGACGACGAAAUUUUUCAAGAGCUGGUCAAAAAGAUGCCGAAUAAGAGAAUCAUUAUCAUUAGUCAAGAUGGAGCUGAAGUGGAAGAUAAAUUGAACUUUGGCGACCUAAAUGAGCAAUCCAAAAGAGCCUUACUCGAAAAGCAAAUAGAUUUUCAAGGUACGUUGAAAUCUGUGGGAGAUUUAAUUAAAAAUGAUACUUUAGCCAAUCUAAUGCAAAAUAGGGACCUAGGAAACGUUAUUGAUUCUAAUUCAAUUGAAGAGUUGUUGAUGGACACAAGAAAAGUUACAAUUCCUAAGUGCAGCUCUGCACGUUUCGAGCCAUCCCUUUACAUUAAGAGGAAGAUAGAGCAUCCCUGGGAAAACAGUUUUUACGAUGAACUAGCUGUGAGUAUGAAAUGCACGACAGAUGAACUUCAAAAAGAGUGCACCGUCAAUUCGCAAGGAUACAUCAAAUGGUUGACUGCGGAAGAUAGUCGCAAGAAAGAAAUAUGGGAACAAAUGAAAAUUAUUGUGGGAAAAAAAGAAAGGCAAAAUUCAAGAGAUCCUCAGUUGUCUAAAGGUAUCGACAUCGCAGAGAAAGACCUAAUUAAUAAAGGAAAUAGAAAAGGACGAGUGUUCAUUAUAUCCGGUAUAGCUGGAACCGGCAAAUCGACAAUCUUGUCCAACUAUUACGAAAUAAUCAAAAGAGACAACCCGGAUAUUUGGGUUAUCAGAAUUGAUUUGGUGGAUUGCAAUAAAGAGCUUGCGGAAUUUGAUUUUUCUCUAGUUAAUGAGUCAAGCGCUAUUGCAUUUUUCGCAAACAUUUUUGCCAAAGACAGUCCUUUCACGCGUUCGCUUUUGACUCAGCGGUUUCAGACAGACGGUCGAAUCGUCGUCAUGUUGGACGGAUUCGACGAAAGUAACGGUGAACUCCACGAAAAAAUAUUUCAGUUGAUUAAAGCUGUUACAUUAACGAAAAUGGACGCACUCUACAUAACUACUCGUGCACAUUUAAAGGAAGAACUACAAAAUCAAAUAUUUCAGUUUUCCUAUCAUUUCAAAAAUUUCAGUCAAGAAGAUCAAGUUAAUUGUCUUUCCAAGUACUGGGGAAACAAACUGAAAAUGUUGCAAACUACAGAUGGGCAUAUCCAAUUAUUCAGCAAAUCAUUAGUUGAACGCUUGACAACAACUUUGAAUGACAAAGAAAGUGAUUUAAUUGGGAUUCCUUUACAAUGUCGAAUGCUGGCCGAGUGCUUCGAAACCCAACUCCAAGAUACAAUCCAACAAGGAUUACCAAUCGAGUCUCUUAUUGAAAGUAUCUCGGAGAAUAAUUUGGAUUUGGCAAGUCUCUAUUCCCUUUUUAUGGAAAAGAAACUUGAAAUUUAUCGCGCAGAAAAAAUUAAAUUUGACUCUUACCAUCCAGCAAACCCAUACAUCGAUGUACAAAUUAGACGUUUGGAAAAGUAUCUAAGGGAAUUGGCGAUAAAGACAAUUGUUUCUUAUCCAAAGCAUUUGAAUGUAUUGUUGGGGGAAUCGAACUCCUUUCAGUCCAAAGAAGAAAUUCGUCAAGAAGAAGAAAACUGCACUAGUGGCGGCGUUUGUUUUGGGUUCUUGGAUAAAACCGACAAAGGCGAAGCCAAGUUCUUGCAUCGAACCUAUGCCGAGUAUUUGUUCGCCAAAUAUUUGUACGCGGGAUUUCUUCCCGAAGACAACGACGAUUGCAACCACUUACUCACUUCGGAAUCCGUUCGAAAAUUGAUUUUUAUGAAGAUUUUGGGUGAUGAUCGUCAUGAUGGUUCAUAUGAUUGCAGUGGAGUGCGAGUGUUUUUUAAUUCAAUGUUAAAAGAACGUGUGCACCCACGAGACAACAUACCUUUCCAUUUCCUAAUCGAUCAAUAUCAUUAUGUCUUGCAUGAUGCUAUUGAGGAAACCAAUUCAAAUAUCUUUCUGUUUUUGUGUGAUUGCCUUGACAUGAAAUUUAGUAAAGAAGAAACUGGAAGAUUUCUUCACAACUUUAGUUACCUUAACAAGGAUAAGUUUUUAUAUGAAAUGUACUGUCAUAAAAGCAAAGUUUUUGAACGAUUCAUGAGUUAUUAUGACAGUAAUGAUGCAGAUCAUGUGGAGGAAAUGUUUUCCAACUUGUCUUGGUUUCUAAAUGGUUUAGAUCCUGAAGAAAACAAAGAAAAAAAUUUAAAAUUUGUGAGCCUUGUCGUUGAUUUCCUAGACCAAACACAAGCUUUUUUGCAAAUUUCACUAAAGGAUUUUUUAAACAACUUUGAUUUGGAAGAUGUUUGUGUUAUUUUAAAGUUUUUAUUUUCUAAUAAAUACUACGACAGCCCUUUGAAAAAAAUUUUAAAGUUCCUGUCAUCCAAAUUCAUGUCCAAUUUAAAAAUACAGUUUGAAAUUUGUUUGGUUGAGUCACUCGAAUCUCACUCCAGAAAUAGGUCACAGGAAACUCUCUACUAUAUAUUGGAAAAUUUACGCAUUCUUGAAGAAGAGAAUAAAGAAAACGAAAUACUGAAAGGAAUAUCUCAUCACAUCCUCAUAAUGAAUUCUCAGUUAUUUAAAAGUGUUUACAAGCGAAAAGAAGAAGAGGGCGACACGUUACCAAUUAACAUUCAAUCGCUUUUAGUACGAGAUUCACAUGGAAUGACUCGUCUGCAUCGAGCGACUUUGCGCGACGAUGAGAAAACUGUCGGUCAAAUACUUGAAACUGUUCGCAUCAGUUUUUUGUCUAACGAAACGGAAGCUAAAAAGUGGGGAAAAGAAGUGCUGCAUAAUGUCAUUGCUAGUGCCGAAACAGGUGUCACGCCACUGUACGUGGCCGCCGUCUUUGAACACGAAAAUCUUCGCCAAAAAAUGUUGAACUUCCUAAAAGAAAUGCUGUCCGAGGACGAGCUGAGGAAAUACUUGACGGAUACAACUGGAUUCCUGGGCGAUGCUUUGUGGGACGCAAUUAAAUGGGAGAAAAUCGAAAUGUUUCGAAUAGUUCUGGAAUCCGUCAAGAAAAUCUUUGGGCAAGAUCAUCUGAUCGCCUUAUUGAAAGCUGCAAAUACAAAAUACGAAAGUGGCAACGUGUUCAGCGCAUGCCACAACGAAAUGUUUUUUCAAAUUGUUUUUGAAGUCAUCGUCAAUGGGGAAAAUGGUUACAAGAAUUUAUACGACUUGCUUUUUCAGAACUGGAAAUCAAUUGAACAUUUGCAAAGGAUCGAUGAUGAGACUUUUCAGACAAUAUUGUCAUUUAACGGACUGGAUGAUUUUAUAAAGCGGAUAUUUGACACUGAUGCAUGGAAGGGAAUGUAUUUCGUGGUAUACGAAAUCCUUGAUAAAUUUACCACUGAACAAAGUAAACAGCUAUUUCGCAUACUUAUUACAGAAAAUUCCGGCACAAAAAGUUACUUCGCUCGGUAUUUCUUAGAUUUAAAAGAAAAAAGAGGCUGGUACUAUUCAAAAGAAAUCCUCGAGCGUUUCUCCGAAUAUUUAGACCAAAGUGUCGUCAAUGAAUUACUUGUUCGCAACGAAUACGAAGUCAUAAAAAAGGCGUUAUAUUUGUUUGGAUAUUCCCUUGUUGAUUUCAUGUUUUCCUUCCUAACAACUGAAAAGGAGGAGGUAAUACACCUUAUGAUGAUCAUAGUGCUGCAGCUGAUUGAGAAAAUAACGGAGACCAGUGAUCAAGAAGGUAAGAAUUAUCACGAUGAUGCUACACGAUACAUUCUCGAAUUUGUUUUUGAACGCAUAGAAGAUUGCGUGAAAGAAAGUGAUUUGUCCAAGUUAAUCGACCUAAUCACCAACAGAGCAUCAAAAGAAUCUAAGGAUGUAAACAUUUGGAUUGACUAUCUUGUGUGGAAGUGGGAAUCAUGGCGGCGCGCUAAAAUUGUUGACAAAUUCUUGAAAUGCGUUUUGGACAAAUUAGGCCCAAGUGCCGUCGAAAAACUUGUAAGAAAAGAAGCUGUUACGCAGGUUUUGACACGCAAAUGUUGUUCUGACACACAUAAACUCGUGGACGCUCUCUUACGUCAUUUAUCAAAAGAGAAACGGGAGGAAAUUGAACUGGAAAUAAUGAAGAAUGUGCCGGCAACACUAAAAACCUUGAUCGAUACGGAACCGGACGAGGUUGGACAGUUUUUUAUGAAUGUCCUACACCUGCAAUACGUUACUAAAUAUGCCGACAGGGAUGUGCUACUGCGAUUAAUAGACAUUAUUACCCAACCUUACAAGCCUUAUCCCGAUAGUCAUUAUACAGAUAGUGUUUGGAGUAGUUAUAUCUGUUGCAUUCUCAGCGACGACUAUCGCUAUCCCAAAGAAGGAAUAGAAAAAUUCUUGCUAUGCGUGUCUGACAAGCUCGGCAAAAAUAAAGUUAAAGAACUAGUCCUUCACAGUUGGUAUGACUAUGGCGCUUACCAAUCUGCCAUAAGCACAUUGGCUUCUUACGGAGACAAGGAUUUAGUUAAAGCCAUACUGGCCCAUCUGACAGAGAAAGAUCGUCAAGAGAUUCAGCGUGGCUACGUAGAUCCAGUCUUAGAAUCUGACGAAGAAUUACUUUCGUCCAGCUACAGCACUGAUGAAGAAAUCGCGUCUUCGCAGGACAGCAUGACCGACAACAGUGAAGAAGCGAUUAGUGAGUAAACGAUGUUUUCUUUCAUAGCUGUAGUUUCCAAUGGCAAUGUAUGAAAAGUAUAAUAAAAGAAAUUCUACGUGAAUAGUUUUAAAAAGGGGAAAAGGUCUAAAAACUGACCGCCUAGUGGCCCCGGCCUGAUUUUUCUGUUUCGUUUUUUUUUAUUCCUUGUGUCGUGCACGUGUUGUUUUCCCAUCUUGUGCACGUUUUAGGUUUGUUUGCACGUUCAACGCCACAAAAACAUCAGCCAUCCUAUUUAUUAAGAGAUGCUUUCAACGGUCAUACACAGACUGAAGCUCAACCAAAACCGAAUCUUUUUGCUUCUGCUGUGGUGAACCAACGGAAGCAGUCCAUCAUGUCCUGUUUAUCUGUCCAUUUUUAUGCGACCCCGCAGAGUUGAUCCCAUACCAACGUCCGAGGAACUCAAAUGUCAGUUGCAAUGUGACAUGUCAUCUCCAAUGUCUCCAUCAUUGUCGUUACUUGAGCCAUAAGCCGAUCCGACUUUCCAUGGCUCGAACACCCAAUUAUAUACUUUAUACUCUAAACUAAACAAACAAAAAUACUCUGCAUCAAUAUCGAAUUAUAAACAAAUCAAACGUGACCCAGUUCCGCGUCCUCCUUGUCACGGCUCUGCAUCUAUAAACGGUGGCAUGGGCCGUGAUCGCCUUCAAUCUGCUAUUUCCGUGUGGCCAUGCUACCAAGUGUGGGCAUGGGCUUGCAGAUGUCGCAAAGGUGAACGCCGGUCAGUAAAUGCAAAUCAAUCAAAAACUCUUAAUUGUCUAUCAAAAGAGUCAAAAGAGCGAAACGGACAGAGAAGCUACAAAAACCCUUUCGUGUUUUUCAGUGGCCGUGCUAGACACGGACCGAUACCGGCCAACCAACACAAAAUACCGAUUACUGCAACCCCCUUGCCUACCCACCAAAUGUAAACCUUUUUGUGACAGCCCCUAAGGCCUUCAGUCGAUCCCUAGAAACUACGCCCACCAAAAAUAAUCCUUUGUAUCAGUUUGUUCUUACCGUGAAUGUAAAAUCCCCAUCCGCACGACGAGGCUGCUACAGGAACGCAUGCGGAAGCAAUCGGGAUUCAUUGCCUUGGUUUUAGUGUCCCUGUAAUUUGAAGAAAAUGUUGGAACUGUUAAUUGAAAUGCUAAUCAUGUGAAAUAAAUGAAUGUGAAUCCUGA